AUGACGGCACGUGUUUCCUUGCGGGAUGGUUUAGGCCAGUUCUGCUUCCUGGUCUUUGUGGCAUACUGCAUGUUCAGCUCAGCAUUCAUGCUCUACUUCAUCCCAGAGACCAAAGGCAAGAGCAUGGUGGAGAUCAUGGAGGACUUUAACAAACUCAAAUACAAGAACAAAAUCAAAUCAAUUCAAAUUCAGCAGCAGGCAAUCAACCAACUGUCCACCUGCUCUGCUGUUCCAGCCAGCAUCCAGGGAGCCUCAGACGGAAAGAUGGGAAAAGCACUCAAUGAUCUGAUGCAGUACUGGAGGCUUUACCUGUUGACAUUGGUAUUGGGAAUUGGGGGAUCAUUUCAAUAUGGGAUGCAAGUUUCCAUCAUGUCUUCUCCAGCAGAGCACAUACAGAGCUUUGUGAACCAGACCUGGCUGGGGAGGUAUGAGGUUCCAGUAGACGAUUCCACCAACAUGCUCAUCUGGUCUUUCAUCGUAUCUGUGUUUAGUCUAGGAGGAUGGGUCGGGGCUAUCCACAGUGGCAGUCUCCCUGUCACCUACGGCCGGAAGAAAGCCCUGCUGUUUAACAACAUAGUGGCCCUUGUAGCCGCUCUACUGAUGGUAUUCAGUCUCAUGGCCAAGUCCUUUGAGAUGAUCCUGCUGGGCAGAUUUCUCUAUGGAUAUAAUGUUGGCAUGGGGCUGAGUGUGCACCUGAUGUACCUGGGCGAGAGUUCACCUAAGAAGCUGAGAGGAUUCCUGACCCUCACUAGCUCCAUCUUUAUUGGCUUAGGGAAGGUCAUGGGUCAGAUUGUUGGCAUCAAGGAGGUGAUGGGUACAGAUGACAUGUGGCCCUGGCUGAUGGCCCUUAGUGGCCUCCCUGCCAUCAUCCAGUUUGUGACCCUGCUCUUUUUCCCAGAAGCACCUCGCUACCUGUACAUCGACAAAGGCGACACAGAGGGCUCAAAAAAAGCCCUGCAGUGGCUGUGGCAGGAGGAUGACCUGAAAAUGGAGAUGGAUGACAUGGAGAAGGAGAGGGAGAGCAUGCAGGGCCAGAAGUCUAAGACAGUGUGGGACGUGCUGACUUCUCGCUGUGUCAGGUGGCAAGUGCUGGCUCUGGUCAUCCCCUGUGCCUGUGUUCAGUUUUGUGGUAUUAACGCAAUUUAUUUCUACGCUUUUGACAUUUUCCGUGAAUCUGGAGUAGCAGAGGACAAGAUGCACUACCUGUCCAUUGGCAUCGGAGCAACAGAACUCAUCUCCAUCAGUCUCUGUUCUAUGUUGAUAGACCGUGCGGGCAGGAAGAUGCUGAUGGGCUAUGGCUACCUGUUGAUGGGAGUCAUCAUGUCCAUCCUUGUUGUUAUGCUGUCCAUCAAGGACCUGUUUUCAUGGUUCCCAUAUGUUAACAUCGCCCUCAUCUUCUCUGUAAUCUGUGUUUAUGGACUAGGACCUUCCGGGGUGUCCAUGGCCCUCCCUGCAGAUCUCUUCCUGCAGGCCUGGAGACCGUCCGCUUACGUCAUCAGCGGCUCCGUCAACUGGCUAGGCCUGUUCCUCAUCGGGAUGUUCUUCCCCUACAUAGUGGAUGCUCUAGGUCAGUUCUGCUUCCUGGUCUUUGUGGCAUACUGCAUGUUCAGCUCAGCAUUCAUGCUCUACUUCAUCCCAGAGACCAAAGGCAAGAGCAUGGUGGAGAUCAUGGAGGACUUUAACAAACUCAACUACAAGAACAGGGGGACAGACACCGAAAAGGCUGACUUUGUUUUGGAAACAACAUUUUGAGAACAUUUGUAUAUACAGUAUACACUACCGUUCAAAAGUUUGGGGUCACUUAGAAAUGUCCUUGUUUUUGAAAGAAAAACAUUUUUAU